AUGAGCAAAUCGAAGAGCGCUUCCUUUCAAGCAGGUUUGCAUUUGACCAUUCGCUACGGGACUCACGCUCGCCACGAUUGUAAGCGCUCUUCUUCUAACAUGAAGCCCAUCGCUGACGGCAUGUCCCACGUGAUACCCAAUCACGUUCUGAGGGUGGGUCAAACGAUAUGUCUGAACCCGGAGCAGGAGACCAUCACCCAGUGUUCCAGCCCGGGCAAGCCGGGCAGUCACCGCAACGACUUGGGCCUCGACAUUUCCCUGGACAAUCUCAACCAGCUCAUGCGGGAACUGGAUCCGGACUUUGACCCGAUCCAGGUCAACAGAAACCACACCUGCAUCAGACCAGCUUCAGAUGGAUGUCGUUCCUCGAAGUCCCCCCCUAUCGCCAUCCCCAGACCACCGAGUCUCAGCUUUAGUCCUCCAGGUGCAGUGGUCUUUUCUGGAUCCCCUUCCUCUUCACAGUCUCUGCUGCCAUGUGGGAGUUCACUCCGACAGAAUUCCUCGAUGCGGCAAGAUUUGUCCUGCUCCCAAGGAUCCUUACGCCUAUCCUACUCCAAUAGAAACAGUGCCGCCUCCCUACUCUCCACAUCAACAUGCUCAGAUACCAGCUACAUCCUUGGCAGCACCUUGUCUUUGACCGGUGAAGAAGCCGACUGUCAAGAGUCUAUCGUCUACAGUGACGGAUGCAGGACAAGGACCUAUGACACCCAUAGCAAUUCUCCUAGGCAGGAGACGCCCAGCAACUAUUCGCUUAGCAGUCCUGAACUGUCGCUGUCUGGCUCUUUUACUGAUGUCCCUAUGUUGCUGAUCAAUGGCGUACCACACCAUGACAUGCAGGUCAACACAUCUCCCGUAUCAGAAAACGGCUCACCGCAGAAGCCAUUCACUCCUCACGGUGAGCUGUUGCCUUUCUAUGGCAGUCAGCCAACAAUGACGUUUGUCAUGGACUCUUCGAAAUUUUGGUUCCGACCAAAUAUCAGCAGAGCAGAGGCUGAGGCCCUGGUCCGGGACAAAGAACCGGGAACAUUUGUGGUGAGAGACAGCACUACCUACAGAGGAAGUUUUGGUCUGGCCAUGAAGGCGGAUCCAAAGACAACCAUAACGUCUGCCACUGCUGAUGCGGGCGGACAAAUCAGCUCUAAGUUUAUCAAGCACUUCCUGAUCGAAUCGUCACCAAAAGGUGUUCGUCUGAAAGGAUCCACUCAGGAGCCAUUCUUUGGAAGCCUGUCUGCCCUUGUGUACCAGCACACUAUUUCACCUGUCGCUUUACCCUGCAAACUACUGCUCCACACCCACGGAUUAGAUGGAGAAGCAGAAAAAAACACAGGCAACAAGAAAGUAACAGCCUCCAACUUCAUCUACCUGAACGCCGUCCCCACUGAGACGUUGACGGGACCGUGUGCAGUUGAGAGGGCCGUCUCCUCCACCCUCCAACUCCUCUCAGGGUCCUUUGAACCCACCAUCGUCAACCUGAAAGUGUCCUCGAAGGGUAUCACGCUGACGGACAUCAACAGGAAGCAUUUUUUCAGGCGUCAUUACCCUGCUCACCUGCUCAGCUACGGUGGAGAUGACCCGGAAGAUCGAAGGUGGCGGAAAGGUUCAAGUUUUGGCGCAAGGAUGUUUGGCUUCGUGGCAAAAGGCGUGGAAGCCGGCGCGGAGAACGUGUGCCACGUCUUUGCAGAGUAUGAUCCUCUGCAGCCCUGCAGUGCGGCCGUCGACCUCAUCAAGGCCGUCAUAACCAAGUCAUAG